ACGCGCGCCGCUACAGCCCGGCGGGCCCCGCAGGUGCGGUGAAUCGAACGUCGAGCGGGGCGGUACGCGGUGUAGAGUGCCGAGCCGAGAGGCCUCGCCCCCAACCGCCGGCCCGCAAGCCGGCUCCAGGGCGUUGCCGGACGCGGGGAGCAGCUCUCCCGCGAUUUGGAGAAACCCGAGGCAUCCUCCUGAGCCUGCAAGAUGUUGGGAUUUUUGAAGCGCCCUAUAGUGAUGACCACUGACAUCAACUUGAACGUUGUGGUUCUGACCGGGGUGGGGUUGCUGAGCCGGCUGUGGCGACUCACCUACCCUCGGGCCGUGGUUUUUGAUGAAGUAUAUUAUGGGCAAUAUAUCUCUUUUUACAUGAAACGAGUCUUCUUCUUGGAUGACAGUGGACCACCAUUUGGCCACAUGCUGCUGGCCCUGGGAGGUUACUUGGGAGGAUUUGAUGGUAACUUUUUGUGGAACAGAAUUGGAGCAGAAUACAGUAGCAACGUGCCCGUGUGGUCCUUGCGCCUGCUGCCAGCACUCGCAGGGGCCUUGUCGGUCCCCAUGGCCUACCAGAUAGUGUCAGAGCUCCACUUUUCUCACUGUGCUGCCAUGGGAGCUGCUCUGUUGAUGCUCAUCGAGAAUGCUCUGAUCACUCAGUCAAGGCUGAUGCUUUUGGAAUCAGUGUUAAUAUUUUUUAAUCUAUUGGCCGUGCUGUCCUUCUUGAAGUUCUCCAACUCCCAAAAACACAGCCCUUUCUGUCUGAGCUGGUGGUUUUGGCUAACGCUGACUGGAGUCGCCUGUUCCUGUGCCGUGGGCAUCAAAUACAUGGGCGUGUUUACGUACUUGCUGGUGCUUGGUGUCGCGGCCGUCCACGCUUGGCGCCUGAUCGGUGACCGGACCUUGUCCAAUGUCUGUGUAUUCUGCCACUUGCUUGCCAGGGCAGUGGCUCUACUCGUUGUCCCAGCCGUCCUGUACGUGCUGUUCUUCUACGUCCACUUGAUUCUGCUCUACCGCUCAGGGCCCCACGACCAGAUCAUGUCCAGUGCGUUCCAGGCCAGCUUGGAGGGAGGACUAGCUCGGAUCACCCAAGGCCAGCCCCUGGAAGUGGCCUUCGGGUCCCAGGUCACUCUGAGGAGCGUUUUCGGCAAGCCCUUGCCCUGCUGGCUUCAUUCCCACCAGAGCACCUACCCCAUGAUAUACGAGAAUGGCCGGGGCAGCUCCCACCAGCAGCAGGUGACCUGUUACCCCUUCAAAGACGUCAAUAACUGGUGGAUCGUAAAGGAUCCUGGGAGGCACCAGCUGGUGGUGAGCAGCCCCCCGAGACCCGUGCGGCACGGAGACGUCGUGCAGCUGGUCCACGGCAUGACCACCCGCUUCCUCAACACGCAUGACGUCGCAGCCCCCCUGACCCCCCACUCCCAGGAGGUCUCUUGCUACAUUGACUACAACAUCUCCAUGCCGGCCCAGAACCUCUGGAGACUGGAAAUUGUAAACAGAGAAUCAGACACAGACGUCUGGAAGACCAUCCUGUCAGAGGUGCGCUUUGUGCACGUGAACACGUCUGCCGUCCUGAAGCUGAGCGGGGCUCACCUCCCUGACUGGGGGUUCCGGCAGUUGGAGGUCGUCGGGGAGAAGCUGCCCCGGGGCUACCACGGGAGCAUGGCCUGGAACGUGGAGGAGCACCGCUACGGCAAGAGCCAGGAACAGAAGGAGCGGGAACUGGAGCUGCACUCCCCUACUCAGGUCGACGUCAGCAGGAACCUCAGCUUCAUGGCCAGAUUCUCAGAACUGCAGUGGAAGAUGCUGACGCUGAGAAGUGAUGACUCAGAACACAAGUACAGCUCCACCCCGCUGGAGUGGGUCACCCUGGACACCAACAUCGCCUACUGGCUGCACCCCCGGACCAGUGCACAGAUCCACCUGCUUGGGAACGUCGUGAUCUGGGCUUCGGGCAGCCUUGCCACGGCCGUCUACACCCUGCUCUUCUUGUGGUACCUGCUCCGACGGCGAAGACACGUCUGUGACCUCCCCGAGGACGCCUGGCAGCGCUGGGUGCUGGCCGGGGCUGUGUGCGCCGGGGGCUGGGCAGUGAACUACCUCCCGUUCUUCCUGAUGGAGAAGACGCUCUUCCUCUACCACUACCUGCCUGCGCUCACCUUCCAGAUCCUCCUGCUCCCUGUGGUCCUACAGCACAUAAACGACCACCUGUGCAGGUCCCAGCUCCAGAGGAACCUCCUCAGCGCCCUGGUUGUGGCCUGGUGCUCCUCUGCGUGUCACGUGUCUAACACGCUGCGCCCCUUGACCUAUGGGGACAAGGAGCUCUCGCCAGACGAACUCAAGGCCCUUCGCUGGAAAGACAGCUGGGACAUCUUGAUCCGAAAAUACUAGAGUAAGAGCCCGUGACGACGGCCUGCGCUGGGGCAGGGCGAGGCAGAAGGCCUCUGUCAGUCGGGGCAACGAGCGGGGACCGGCCUUUGCCAACAGCCGCAGGUCUGGUGUUUGCUUUGAUGGCGCCAAAUCCUCCCCACGAACACCCCCGAGCCCGAGUGGGCCAGCCUGCCUCCAGCAGCCGCGCGGCAGUCACCGGCGUGGUGAGCUUCCGACGCGGGUUCUGCUACCCUCGCUGCUGCGUGUGAACAGCCCUCCAUGAGAUGGUGCUGAGACGAGCGCGAGCGGCAUCUUCAACAGUCAAGGUCUGUGCCAUCCACACGUCUCCUUGUCCUGAAUUUGUCUCCUCUUACGUAUUAAAGA